AUGUCGUCCAAAGACACGGAAAGCUCAAGUGAGGCAAAGCAAGAAGCGACUCAUACAAGUGUUGAUAAUAAUAUGGAUGCUGAUGAUGAUCAGAAGAAAGCAGAGUCCGGUUUCAUCCAUUCUGAUACUAGUAACAACCUUAAGGUCGAUGAGAUGGAGGCGGCUUGGGAUGUGAAGAACGAUAUUGGAGUGGCCAAGGGACAGAAUCUGAUGAAGCAUGGAGAUGACAACAACAAAGGCAGCAAAACUUGCCUGUUAAAAGAUGGUACUAUCAGCAAGCAGCAGCACGAUGGACUUUUAUUAACAUCCGGGCAUCCAGCAGAAGACCUGACUAGGUUGUUUGAGCACGAAAUCAGUCCACUACCGCAACGGAGGCAACGAGAGGAAUCAUUGCCGGGCGCGUUUGCCAUUGUUGGAGGGAUCCAGCAUGAUCGAAGCCUGACGUUACCCCGUUAUAAUAGCAGCGACGAAAUCGAGGAGUUGGAGGAACAACAACAACAAGGCAAUGACGAAUUAUCCCCGCCUCCGUUGGAAGCCGCGGAAUCUUCGGGGGUGGUCUCCUGGGCCGCCAUUAUUGUUUCGGAUGACUCCUCGACAACCGCAGACGACGAUGUGGAAUUGCAACCCGAGUCGCACUCCGCAACAAGAGACCAGUCACAAUCAGAGCAAGCCCCUUCCCAACAACAACAGCAGCAUCCACUGGAACCCAGUGGUCCGCACAACAUUGUCUUGCUCGAUGAUGAUCAAGUCCGAAAGGACGAUCCUCAAACAUCUUGCACAUCACCCUUGACACAACGACAAAGCAUUCUGGUAUUGAUGCUGACGCUGAUGCUUCUGGUCAUCAUUGUCGUUCUGAUUGUAGUCAUUGUCCUCUUGGGCACUGGGAGCACGGAAGAUCUCUUUUCUUUGUUGCCUCCUCCCGCAACCUCUACGAGCAUGACUCCCACAACGACGCCACCUCCACAACUGUCCAAGCUGGAAGAGAUUCGACAACGGGGAUACCUCAAGUGUUCCUAUCGAUACUUGCCUGGAAUGUUGUUCCGCAACGAAUCGACUGGGAUUGUAUCUGGAUUCAAAUCCGUCGCGUGCACCGCCAUUGCCGCUGCCAUUUGGGGUCCCAACAAUCCGGACUCACGCAUUGAAUACGUGGAAGGAUGGGGCAAUCCGGUCGAUAUAGAUCCAGCGGGUACAACCCAUACGAUGAAGCGAGAUACGCGGAGACAGAACGGACUUGCCUUUGCGGCUCCCUACUUUUACGACGGACUCCGCGUCCUUGGGGAUCCAUUCUUUGUAGCGUGCUUGGAAGACGAAGGCUUUAAGCACGUCGAAGAAUGCGAGGACAUUCGAAUUUGUGUCGGAGAUCAGAGCAGUCACCUGGCAUUUGCUCUUACCGUGCUACCGCGACGAAUGUUGCUUCCACAACAAUCCCAUUUGGAAGUUAUCACUGGCUUUAUUGAACACACAUGCAACGUGUUUCUGUACGAAAAUGUGGGAGAACAGACAAUGCAAGACUUGGGAAUGGAGGAAGGACGGCCGUUUGCCGUGAGUGAUACGAUCUUUGCCAGAGAACCCUUGGCAUGGACCAUCGACGACGGAGAUGCACAGUGGGGCGAUUUCGUCAACAUGAUACUCCAGUCCCUGUUGGUGGCGGAAAAAGAGGGACUCACACGGUCUACUGCCAAGCAAUUUCCAACUACGGAAGUGUUUGGGUCAUCCUAUAGAUUCAUGUUCCAACAUGCGUUGCAAGCCGUUGGAAACUAUGGCGAGAUUCAUGAGCGCUUUUUGGAACCAGUCAUGCCGAGGGCGCCCAUCAAUCAACUGAACAACGGAAGCACUGGUCUGCUGUAUUCCCAUCCCAUUGGAAUGUUCUCGUCGACGACGGCUGACGAGGAAAGUGUGCUGGGACCUCGACUUGAGAACAUUCUCAGCCGCGGGCGCUUGCGUUGCGGGGUACGAUUCGGUCGUCCCGGUUUUGCUGUGCAACACGCUGAUACUACUAGUGUGGGGAUGGACACCGACCUUUGUCGAGCAAUCGCAGCUAGUUUGUUUCAUGGCAACACGGACGCUGUCGAUUUCAUCCAAGUAGACGAGUCUUCUGAUGGAUACAGAGGGCUGCGAGAUGGCGAGUUAGAUGUCUUGGCCGGGGCUACCUGGAACAUGGAAAACGAUGUCCGAGAACCAACCACUGAUCUUGGCUUUGCUUUCAGCCAGCCAUACUUCUAUGGAUACAGUGAACAAGAGGACAACUUUUGCCUUGCUACGAUGCAAGAUGAUCAAGACUUCUCGGCGUACGUUUACUGGGUGGUAUCAGCUAUCGUUUAUGCGGAAGAACAAUCGAUUGGGCAGCUAUCACACAAUGGCAUGCCGCUCAUCCCCAUGUAUGGCAAGAAGAUGCAACGCAUGUUUCGAGAUGCUGUCUUUGGAGUAGGCAACUAUGCAGAGAUCUAUUCAAGAAACGUGGAAGGGGUGAUUCCCAGAUCGGGAAGAAACCUGUUGAAUCCCACCCAACACUCUGGGCCCCAGCACUACCCAAUACCCGGGAUGAUAUGA